AUGGUCCUUUUCUUCAAGGAUGACCCAGCCAAGGCUCGCAGGACACAAGAGCGAGAAGAGCAACAGAAGAAGAAGACUGUGAAGCCGGCUCCCUACAACCACACUCCAACACAUGCGUUAUCCGAUGCCCUGCUGAGCGUGCCCCAUGCCUACAAGACCACAGACAAGGAGCGGCUCAAGGAAGCUCACAAACACCGGCUUGAGAAGGAAGCUUCUGCCUUCGCCGCUGGUGUUGAUUGCAAUGUCACCAACAUACCGGCCAAAUACUGGCAGGGCCAACCCCUUCCAUCCGUUUUCAAAGCCCCAUCUCAGGGCACCUUGGCCAAAUCAGCUAUUUCCAAGGCUUGGAAGGAAAAGAUAUUUGAAAGACCUUUGGUCUCAAGGCUAAAGAAGCAGCCCCAAGCACCAGUACCAGUAGAUGAAGGAUAUGCGUCUGGCCCGAGCCACGAUAAACCCGGCGAGUCUCGUAAUUACAGAACGAAUACAUCCACGAGCCCAUGUUUUGAGCAGGGAACAGAAAGACAACACCAAGUUCAAGCCCUGAAAGGAGACGAAAAGGCUGAGUUGGAGCACCUGAGGAGAAUAGUGCGAGAGCUUGAGACACUGCACGACUCCUCCAACCCGCUCGUCGCCCAGGGACAAAACCCAGCGCCCGGGGCCAACGUCGGUGUGGAAUCCGGCACUGGAAGUGGAUCUGGCUCGUCCGAUGCCGUCAGAUGUCUGGAGUCGGAUUUUUCCAACAAGAAAAAGAACGAGCCUACUCCUUCGACAUCGAUUUCGACCAGAGAGGGGACUGUCUUGACUGGAGUCGACCGCUACGACUGGGCCAUCCACUGGGCGCCGGCGGAACAGAAAGCCAACCUCCCCGAGCCAUGGAACCCUCCCGAGCCUCGAGAUACAGCCCCCAAAAACGAGCCAUGCUAUGAUUCUUUGGGUGAGUUGUCGAGCUGGUCAGACUCUUCCUCAACGGCCCGAAAUUCGGAUUACCUCCGCCGCCGAAGCAACGAGACGCCCAAGCCGUCUGAGCCCUCAAUCCACAAGACCAGCGAGUCUAUCGGAAGAUCAAGACCGAGGAAAAGCAGGAGAAAGGCGACGUAUGCGCCCUCAGACAGCGCCCUGUCUGAGUUCGACUUCGGCUUUGGUCCCGCUACCACGCCAGUGCGCCAGUUCCUCACGCCAAAGCCUGGCAGCUACUUGUCUGAGACCAGAAGGAGGGCCGACAAGGCUGCUGCCACCAAGUACUACCCAUCUUCUGAAGAUAGCGAUCGGAGCGAGGAGACGUUGAUUACAUUCUAA